AUUCAUGUAUUCAGACAACAUUAACAUCAGAUGUGCUGUUCAUAUACAGAGAUUCCAUAGCCAUUGUAUAUCUGUACACUUCGUUUCGUUAUCCAAGAAAUUCCAUUCCUCCUCUGAUUUUUUAUAAAGCAGGAUGAGUUCAGUGUCGCCGUUCUUCUCACUGCUUUUGUUAAUAUUGUCGGCAUAUUUGGGUCUCGGGAAAAAUACUGAGAACUUCGACAUCGAGACUUUCCCUGACUUUGACUACCUCGUGGAGAAAGAUAUCGAGGAGGAUAUCUGCGCCAAGAUCUACGCCCCUGUUUGUGGCAGCGACGGCAUCACCUACGACAACAUCUGCGUCCUGACAAGAAUGAACACGCCGGACCAGGAUGAGCCCGUCUUGUUUGUGUACAGAGGGCGCUGUGAGGAUCUACCCUGACCCGUUUGCGGACGACUCGUUAAAGAAAUAUAUUUGGGAUGAAAAUUAAACGAAAUUAUGCUCUAUGUGAGUUUCUACUGGGUGAAGAACGUAGGGGGAUAUUAUUUCUAUAUGAAAAUAAGGUGUGUGUGUGUGUGUAUGUAAACAGGAAUACUGGCACAACAACGUAAACAUUGGUAUGGUAUGAAAUCAAAUAAAACAGGUACUGUAUAAUGAAUGAGGUUUUAUCGACAGAUGAGUCAUGUCCUUCUCAUAACGUCACUGCUUAACGUUCCUUUUUUUUAAAUGGCAGUAU